UCAGCUUGUUUCUCGCCAUUUAUUGUUCAUCUAUUAAACAAAUUAAUUUCUUCACUAUAAUAAUCAUUUUUUUCUUAGCUUAUAUAUAUAUGUGUGUGUUUUUUUUAUCAAUCCAUCAAUUGUUAGGGGAUGAAUUGAAAUUGAUCAAUAAUCAUAUAUUGUGGUAAUUAAUUACUCCAUAUUGAGAAGAAUAAAAAGAAAAAAUGGAGUUGAAGGAAUCGCUGACGUCGUCGACGAGCAAGGGGGGAGAUUCGACGGAUUUCGAAGUGGAGCAUCAUCAAACUCUGAGCGAUAAGCUCAAAGCCUUCAAAUCCUCAGCCUUCGAUCCCGAAGCUUACGUCUCCACCAAAUGCCGCUCCAUUAGCGAAAAGGAAACAAGGCACUUGUUACACUACCUUGUGGAAUUGAAGAAGGCUUCUGCAGAGGAAAUGCGCAAAAGUGUUUAUGCUAAUUAUUCCGCUUUUAUCCGCACAUCAAGAGAGAUAUCAGAUCUUGAAGGGCAACUAAUAGCGUUGAGGAAUCACCUCUCUAACCGGGCGUCCAUAAUCCAAGGACUAGCCGAAGCCACAAAUCUCAAUUCCCUUUCUACCCCCGAAUCUCUAUCAAAAGAUGAAAUUUCCAGCUUCGAAUCAUCAGCCGUGGAGCCCACCCCCAUCGACGAGUGGAGGGCCCACUUCACGGAAUCGCUCGAAGUGCUACUCGCCGAGAGGCGCGUGGACGAGGCGUUAGACGCGCUUGACGAGGCAGAGAAGGUGGCCAAUAAUGCGCCGGAUAAUGCGGGAACGGAUCGGCGGCCGUUACUAACUCCGUCUGCUUUAUCGUCGCUGCGGGCCGCCAUUGCGGAGCAGAGGCGGAAGCUGGGGAAUCUGUUGGCGGACGCCGCUCGCCAGGCCUCCAUCAGCGGCUUCGAGCUCCGAUCCGUCGUCACGGCGUUGAAGCGGCUCGGGGACGGGCCCCACGCGCACGCGCUGCUCUUGACGUCGCACCGCCGGAAGCUACAGAGCAACACGCAGACGCUCCGCCCCUCCGGCGCGACGCACGGGGUGGCGUACACGGCGGCGCUCUCGCACCUCGUGUUCUCGACGAUCGCGCAGGGGGCGAGCGAUUCGCUGACGAUAUUCGACGACGAGCCGGCGUAUUCGUCGGAGCUGGUGACGUGGUCCGUGAGCGAGACGGAGGCCUACGCGCGGCUCAUCACCAGACACGUCCUGGCUUCUCCGGCGGCGUUCGGAGGGCUGAGAGCCGUCGCGGAGUGCGUCCAGAUAUGCCUGGGCCACUGCUCGCUUUUGGAAGCUCGAGGGCUGUCCCUUUCGCCGGUUCUGCUGAAGCACUUCAGGCCUUUCGUUGACCGAGCAUUGACCGCCAACCUGAAAAGGAUCGAGCAGUGUACCACCGCACUCGCGGCGGCGGACGAUUGGCUGCUUGUUCAUUCGCCUAUGGGAUCGCGCUCUUUCGGAACUUCGCCUCUCGCCGCGGCCAUGAUAUCCCAACCUAAGCUCUCUGCCAGUGCACACAGAUUCAAUACCAUGGUUCAGAGGGAGUAUAUUCAAUUCUUUGGGCAACUCAUCCAUGUCAUGUUGUUGCAUAUGACACCUAAGCACUCAGAGGAUGAGCUAUGGUCUUUUAUAAAUAACAAAGUAGAGAAAUAGUAUUUUGAGGAUUGGUGCAAGAUUAUUGGUUUUCGAGGCAUAAUGGAAUUUCCAGAAGUUGAGGAAAAGGAUGACGAUGUGGGCAGUAUUUGCAAGAAAUUUCUAGAGGUGAAGUGCACCUUCGUCAGCAAUACCCAAAUUUCGAGCCGAGUGAUAGUGUUGAGGCAUACGUCAAUGAGUUGGUCCAGUUCUUUAUGUUAUACUUUGCAUAGUGUGUCCUAGUUGCCAAGGACAAGGAUAUUUCUGUUAAUUUGUCUCACGUGAAGCUGAUUGACAACAUAGAAGAAGUUUGAGGGUUAUCCAUGGGGUGGUCAUCCUACAUCCUCACAGUGAAGCAUAAAGUCCGCAAUAGAUGGGCAGCUUUAGAAGUUUAUGAGCAGAAGAAAGAUUUAAGGCUGAAAUUAAAAGGUUGAAAGAAGCUUUCUAGAGAUUCUCAAUUUCAUGGCAAGUAAUAUUUUAAUACUAAAAUAAUGAUCCAAGUCUUUUUAUGGUACUCUACUAUUUAGUUUUAAAUGGUGAAUGAUUUCCAAAUAUGGGCAUAUAAGAAGUUCGCAAUCCUGUCUAAAGAUAACUACGCAUCAAGGCUUGUAAACAGCGCUUGUGCAAUGCUAAAUUGGAAAUACACGAGAUGUCACUAGUUUAGUGCCUUGAUGGAACACUUAUUCACUGAGAUCCUAGGGGGAGACGGGCAGAAACUAGUAAGAACAUU